AUGGGCAACGCUUCCCUUGGCUUCAAGGAAAGGUUGAUGCAGCGGCUGCGACCCCUGCCCACCCUGUUUGUUUUCCGUACCUUCAUGCCCCACAGGAGGAGCAAAGAUUUUCGCGUGGUGGUGCUCGGCCCGGCCGGCGUGGGCAAGAGUGCGCUGGUGCAGAGGUGGGUGCGCGGCACUUUCCGAGACAACUACCUGCCCACCAUUGAAGAUACCUAUCGCCAGGUGCAGGGCUGCAACCACGCCAGGGAUGCCCUGCACAUCACCGACACCACUGGCGGCCACCGCUACCCAGAUCUGCAGCGCCUUGCCAUUUCCAGGGGCCAUGCCUUCGUCCUGGUCUACUCCGUCACCAAGAAGGAAACCCUGGAGCAGCUGAAGCCCUUCUAUGAGCUGAUCCGCGAGAUCAAAGGCAGCAAUCUGCAUAAGUUCCCUAUCGUGCUGGUGGGCAACAAGAGAGAUGACAGGUUCCACAGGGAGCUGACCCUCAGAGAUGGUGCUGCCCGUGCGCUCGAGUGGAAUUGCGCUUUCCUGGAGACGUCGGCCAAGGUGGAUGUCAACGUGGAAGAGCUGUUCCACGUGUUGCUGAACCAGGAGAAGCCUGACACCUGCCCCCAGGGUCCUCAGAACAAGUCCCAGAAGCCCAAGGACACCAAGAAGCUGCUUGGCAACUGCGUCAUCAUGUAA